AUGGAACGUGUACAGUACUCGUUAGAACGCACGCUCCCACAGCUCAAGCUUCUUGAUGAACAUUCGAUUCUUUCGAAAGAUGAGCUCCGAUCCGUCACAAGUCAGCGCCAGGGAUUCGAGGCCAGGCUAAUCCGACGGAAGGCAGAGAAGUUUGACUUUGUACGAUACAUUGAAUUUGAAGAUGAUCUACAUGCGCUCAUUGUCCUUCGUGCACGCGAACGGAAUCGGAAGAUCAUGAACCGAGUCCGAGCCGGCGAUGAGGAUGCCAAGUCGCAGUUACUGCCUCGCUCAUUCCUUCCUAAGCAGGCGGCGAGCUCGUCUGCACAAUGCGUUGCGAUCUUUGAGCGCAUGGUUCGCAAGUUUCGCUGGGAUCUGGAUGCAUGGGACCGAUACAUCGCAUGGGCGAAGAAGCGCAAGAUGCGUGUUGUCGCUGGGCGUGUAUUUGCAAGAGCACUUGCUCUGCAUCCUAUGCAACCGUCAUUGUGGAUCUCCGCCGCCGACUAUGAGCUCAACACACAGGCUGACACGACGGCAGCGCGCGCGCUUCUCCAGCGCGGUAUACGGACAAACAAGCUGACUGACUCAGCCGCCCUGUCCGCACACGAGACCAGUAAGCUGCGAAAGACGCAGAACGGCGCGCGGGCGUCACGAGAGCCAGGUGCCUUACGGUGGACACUGACUGAGUACGAGAGUGACGUACUUCGACUAUGGGUAGAGUACUUCCGUAUGGAGCUUGUAUUUAUUGAGCGCCUGCGUCGUCGAUGGCGGAUUCUUGGACUGGACAGCGGCGACACUUUGGUAACGUCGGAACCAAGCGCUGAUACUACUGCAAUGCCGUGGUCUCAGCGGGAAGGCGAUGCAAUGGACGAGGCCACGCAUGCAGCGCAGUCAGUCGCCCUCGACCCCAAUAAUACUCGCAACAAUGAGCACAAAGAACACAGUAGCGACGACUAUCUCGAUGAAGAAGACGAACAAGUUGCAGCUGCUGAGGCUGCAGUAGAUGAACAAGUACCAGAUGGUGAGGACAACGAGGUUGGCAGCGGCAAAUUCGAGUCAUCGCACGCAGCUCAUGCUCCCGCUGUGCAAGGCGUGCGGCCAGCAGCGGAUAUGGCUAUUCCUCCGGGACACCAUCAAAUUAUGAACGGCUCGAUCCCGCUUGUUCUUUUGGAAAAUAUAGGCCAGCACAUUCCACAAGCGUUGCAAUUCUACCUUUACACGGCCCUGCUUCAGCUCGUGAGCUCGUUCCCCUUUUUUGACUCGGUGGUGGUGAAGCGGCACGGCGAAGUUUUGUCUAUUCGCACGUCGCAAGGCAUUCUCGGAUCGGGUGAUCGGCUGCGUCGACGGCUUAUGCAGGCUUUGUUGAGUGCUUGCAUGCGUGCUAGUGACAAUGGGGAUACUUGCGAUGGAGGAAAGCUCGGUGCAUGGAUGUGGAAGUGCAUCCACCCGUUGUAUCACCCAUUCUCUCAUGACGUCGCUGCGAAAAUUAGUACUGCUGCACUGCCUGCGUCGCAAGCUGAGCGCGAACUUGAUACCAAUGCGCUCUUGCAUGGCGCGAGUCAGUUGCACGCAGUGUACUCGCCUGCCAUCGACGCAUUGUACACCUACGCGCAGGUACCAGCGGAUCUGCGUCAAGAACGCACCGUCGCUGGCACGUAUGAUCCAUGGCAAGCAUGCCAGCCGGUCUUGUUCCUGCUCGAACUAUUGAGUCGCCGGCUUGUAAGUGCGACGCACACCGAAAUUAGCAGAGGCCACGACGGAGUCAAGUCUCCAUAUACCAAGACGGACGUGUCUCUGCAGGAGACAACCGCCCAGAGUGGCAGUGGCAACGACCACGAUGAUGACGAAGAGGCCAGAGAGCAUGAUCAGAGCCACGCGGACGCCGAACUUGACGACGAAGAAUCCAUUCAUUCAGCGGAGGCAAGCGACUUUGCUGUUGUGCCUGAGGCAACGCCUUUCAUGCGCAUGCUCACAACACAUGGUGACUUGCCGAAGGUGAUCCAGUGUGCGGUCAGUUUGUUCCGUGCGCACCAAGGUGAACAGGAGCAAGUGCCACUGGCCUUUCUUGCGACACUGCGGUUCUUGUCGAACCCCCUACGCAGUGCGGUGGACGAGUCACACCUGCUCACGUACAUUGCCCAAGUCGACGCGAAACUUGUCGAGGCCCUAGAGCCGCAUGUGCCAUGGCUUACUGUGGAAAAGUUAUCCCGUGAGCUGCGGGCCCAUGGCAAGGCUGCUUGGGACCAAAUACAAUCGCUUGUUUCGGUGCAGCGGACAAAUCCAUGUGCAUGGGUCUUGUAUGUCAAUGCAGCACCAAUGUGGUCGUCGGACAAGGCCUGGACAUUCAAAUGGGACGGUCAAGCCGACUCAUCCAUACGAGACGCACAGCGCGUCUGGAUUCCGAUUCUCGAUGCUUGUACGGGGGCAACACAUUUUGCCAAUGAUGCACACGCAUCUGUAUGGGCUCUGCUUACGUUGUGGCUCGGCUCGUCCGUGGUCGAAGACACGUCGCUUGUGUCACCUGAAUUUGCACGCCAAACACUGUGGCUCAGAUAUCUCGACUGGGUGCGGGAUGCAGCGACGGUAAGUCCUAAUGCUAAGCGCGCGAAACGUGCCUCUGUUUGGGCGUGGUCGUUGUACAAGCAGGCAGUCCAAAAGACAGGCGCUGUCCUUGCAUCGUCUAUGCUUGUAGGAACUGCGCGCGAAAGUGCUCAGGCUUUGCAUGACAAGGUCGUGUGCCGGAUGUCGGCCUUUUCACUCUCAACAGCAGCAGCCGCAGCAGCCGCAAAGGCCGCAACACCAACCGGUGCAGAGGCCCUUGUUUCUUCUGAGAAAACGAAUGAUCAUGCAAAAGAUGAUACAACAGCUGAACUUGACACACAUCAUGCACAGGACCUGGCCCUCUCGUUCUUGUUGGCUAAUAGCUCUGCGAGCACGCGUUGUUGGCUUGAAAUCGCGCACAUCGAGACGAUGCGUGUCGUGAUAGGUGUACAGGAUCUUGAUGAACCGUGCAAGAAGCGGAUCACAAGCAUCUUCCAGCGAGCCAUGGCCCAGGCUGAGCGCGAGGCACAGGUUCCUCACACUGUGGAUGCAUGGCUGGCUUACCUGUCGUUCCUCGCUCAUACGCAGCGUGACAUGCCCCAGGCUCUUGCCGAGCUAGCUCGCGCUCAGUCAUGCAUACGUAGGAUUGGCGGCGCUGAAGCAGCUGUGGCUUUCGAGCACCAGUGGCAGCAGAACGUGGCGGCGCGCCGUUCGUAG